AAGUGACUCGACCAGACUCGCAGUAGUUGGCGUCAAGCACUUGGUCCGACACGGUCAGUGCCGCUUCGUCGUCGGCUCGACGACGGCCCAUUCCGCGUUUCCCCUUGUCGCGGUCGCUUCACGUUUUCGGCAAUCGCAUUUGAAGGAAGUUGCGAAUGAACGAGUUCUCUUCAUGAUUCAGUUUUCUGCACGCGGAAUAUUCUGCAUUUGAAGAAUCAAUAUUCAGACACCAACGCGGGGUUUUCGACACUCUAACGAGGGAUACAAAUAAAAAGGAGAGCAAAAGCUACUGAUUAUACGAAGCAUAUUGCAAGUAUAAUGAGCCAGCUGUUGCCGGCACCGGCGCGUUUAGCGAGGUCUUAAUCCCGCGAGGACUCUCCGCGGGAGUAGUCGAAAGAGAAAAAGGAGAUUGCCGCCGGCAGCCACCUGUGACUCCUGCCGGAAGAGCACGAAUCUUCUCGAUAGUGGAAAAGAGAAAAGAGAGAGAGAGAGAGAAAAAAAGAGAGGCGAGAGAAGUGAGAUACAGAUAACGCGAAGAAGUAUCCGACUGCCAGUAUAAAUCACGCGGAAGCGAGCGGAGCUUUUAACUCGAAUCGCGAAGCGGGCGAACGGCUGCGAUUUCCCCCGAGGAAGAUGGGAGUCCCCGCGAGAGCGCAAUGUAAGCGGGGUAAGUGAAUGGGGAAGUCGGUGACGUGCGACGUCGUUGGAUGGGAAAACGCGAUCGUUUCAAAGCAACGUCGAUCGCGAUUGAUCGAUCUCGAGGAACUACCACCGCCGACUUGCUCCUGACCGCGCGGUCAGGAAUUGCCGCGGGGAAUCAAAUUAGUAUCCUUCGGACGAAGAAGGAGCGCCUUGACGGACGCGGGUGACGGGACGGGUACAACGACCGUAUUGGAUUUCCAGGAGGUGGACGAGACUCCGAUCGACCUCCUCCCGGGUGAUGCCAUCCUGAGGCGGCGACAUUCUCACGGUCGUGCUCCAGAUCACCAGGGUGCGACCGACCAGAAAACAUGGCCGAUCUCGAAAGGAUCAGGCUGGUGGUGCUCGGCGGCGCCGGGGUCGGCAAGAGUUCCAUUAUACGCCGAUUACUCGGCCAGGGAUUCAGCGAACGAUACCGGCCCACCGUGGAGGAUCUGUACUCGCGAGAAUGCGUCCUCGGCACUCUGACGCUUAAGGUUGAUCUUCUAGAUACCGCGGGUGACUUGCAGUUUCCCGCGAUGAGGCGGUUGAGCAUAGCCACCGCCCACGCGUUUCUGCUCGUGUACGCGUCAUCAUCGUUACCGAGUUUCGAGUGCGUGAAACGCUGCUUCGAAGAAGUAAGAGAACAACGACCCGAUUUCCAGGAAGUACCAAUAGUCGUCGCAGGGAACAAGCUAGAUCUAGCGCCAGCUAGAAGGGAAGUACCUAUCGAGGACGUGAGCGAGUGGCUGUUUUGCGAAUUGCCAAAACUUCGCGCUAAAGUGAUGGAGUGUUCGGCGAAAGACGACUACAACAUUAAGGACGUAUUCAGAUGUUUCGUCACGCUUUCCAGAAUCGUGCCGAAAAAUCCUACCGAGGUCGAGCAAUCGGGGCUUAGGAGAAGAUGUUCGGCAUACGGCUCACGCAGGUCCGGCAGCCCUAACGGCAGAACCGGCAGCGCGGGUCCCGUCGGGAAUUCUCAGCAAGUGGUCGCGGCUCAGGGUUCUAGCGUCGUCAGUGUUACCGAGGAGGUGAAGAGCAAGCCACGUAGUCGCAGCCUGAUCAGACGCACCUCAAGAAAAACGAAACAGCAGAUCAGGGAUGCCCGCACCGAUGACUGCAAUAUCUCCUAAAUUCGUUUAUCCUGAGAAACGAGUUUCGUCAGGAGUCCUGAUUAUUGCAAAGGAACGUGACAACGAGCAAUCGAGUUCUCUUGAACAAGUGCGUUAAGGUAAGACUCAAGAGCUAGCAUUUGCAAGGAAACGAGGCAAGUAAUCUCUUCACGGCUAACAUGGAUAACGGAUUAGCGUUUACUGCUUAUUUCGUCUUAAGCCAAACGGAGUUCUGAGAAAGGUGAGAAGCGUAACGAGUAGAUAAAAUGGCUAGACCGUCUAGCUCAAAGCUCGAACAGAUACAAACCAUUAACUUCGUAAGAUUUAUACCAGAAAGCAUGUGUAUUGAUAACAGGAGUAUUAUCUUUAAAUUUUAAGUUUGAAAUUAAUUUUCCCUUGGCAUAAAUUUAAUACAAAAUACCAAACGUAACAAAUAUUUUCUUCAAAUUAAGCGAACAAUAAUUUCUUACGUGGAAAUUAUAAAAUAAUUAUUAAUUUAUUCAAUUUUGGUUAAGAAAAACAGAACUUCAAAUUGUAAUAUAAAAGUUAUUGAUACACAUUUUUCUUGAAACAUCCCCUGUACAUAUACGUAUUAAAAUGGCGUGAACGUGAAAUUGAUACUUAAUAACGGAUAUGUAAUUGUUUUCAACGAAUGAAUGAACUCUUAUAUUCCUCCGUGUAAAUAUUCCUAAUUUUAAGUAAAAGUUUACAUUCUUAAAGUAUGUGCAGCAUUUUCUUGCGAUUAUUUUUACACUCAAAGCAUCCUAAAAAAGAAUUAGUAAAGCGAUAUAAGAUUUUAUUGCAUAUAGGAAAGUUUAUUUAACGAGAAAUACGCGAUUGUUCUAAAUUAAGAAUGCACGCAUAUCGCUUUUCCAAUAUAGGUCAUAACUUCAAAAGAACUAUGUCCGAUAAUUAAUUGCAUAUAAUCUGCGAAUAUAAAAGCGUUGUCUCUCUCUCUCGAAAAAUAACGAUUGCAAGUACGAGUUUUAUUUAAAGAGCUCGUAAGAUUCAAAGAACUUCUUGCAACGAGCAUCUAACAAGUUCGUAAUAUACUGAAAUAAAAAUAAUAAUAAAAACGUCAAUUUUAAAAACGCAGCUCUUUGAAAAUAUGCCCUUCUUUUGUUACUCAAGACAAGGAAUGUCUUGAGUAACAAAAGAAGGGCAUAUUUCGAGAUGUACUCUUAACUUUUGACGUCAUUCAAACAACGAAUAAUUGGCGAAAAUUAACAAGUAUUGUUUAAAAUAGUUAUAAACAAAAACGUUUAGCAAUAUUUUUAAUAAAACUAAAAAUAUGCAUUUAAAUGCAUUUAAAGCGUCUCAUUUGGCACAAAAUAUUCGUAAAAGAGAGAUACGCCGCGCUUAAAUACAGUUUAAGACCAAUUAAAAAAUUCUGGUAGUAAAGACAUAUUAAAAACUUUUUCGCAAUACACGCGAUGCACAUCUCUUUAAAGAAAUAUUAUUUGCUUGUAUUAAAAAAAGUUUCUAUCGCGCCAUC